AUGGACCCUUUAUCGAUAGCGACAGGUUGCGCUACUCUCAUUUCAACCAUAGGGUCCCUCUCACUGUCCAUCAACACCUUUGUUCGCACUUGUCGCGAGGCUCGGAGUGAUCUUGACAGGGUGGCCCGUGAGCUGCUCUCUCUACAAACAGUCCUUGACCUUAUCCAGGAAGACGUGGCUGAUGAGAGCAAGACAUUUCCUACGACUCUCGAACGCCACGUCUCUGGCAUAAUAAUCAACUGUAACUCGGUGGUCGUAGAGCUACAGGAGAUUAUCACGAAAUAUGGCGGCGAUAGUCGACUCAAAUCCAAGGCUGGUUGGGCUAUCAACGGACAAGGAGAUGUCUCAAAGUUGCGCUCAAACUUACACGUUACCAAGGAGAUAAAAAACGACACAUCUGAGAUCCGGAAUGACACAUCAGCAAUAAAAGAUGACACAGCGCAAAUCCUGGAAGAAAUACUUCGCCUUCAACAACGGUUGCCAAAGCAAGGAGGAAACGACUACAUACUUCAGAACUUCCUUGAAGCGAUGACGACAUAUACUGAGAAGGCCUUGGAUGGCGCAUCCAUCGACGGGGGGGAUUCCAGCACAAAAGCGCCGUCUUUUGUCCUUGAGACUGAUGAAGGGAGCCAGAAGCCUUCCAAUCCUACUCAUCCCUCGGACUGGAAAUCGGAUUCCGCAGCCAGUGACCUAGUCUCAUACAAGUCGAAGAAGAAGAGAUCGGAAGAACAACAGCACGAAGAAAGGUUGGCUGAAGCAAAACUGAAAGAUGUCCAACGGUCGCUCGAGUCUACACAACAACAACCGGCCGCUUUCAAUCACGCAGGUCAUCGGGAACCUUCCGAGGGAGAUGAUGAACUGUGGUCAGAACUGCCCAAGUCUGCUUAUAUUGAAGAUUUCGAGAGGUCUCCAGUUGAGAGUCAUCAAGAGCCUUCCGAAGAAGGCGAUGACCCGGGGCCAGAACUGCCCAAGUCUGCUUACAUUGAAGAUUUCGAGAGGUCUUCAGUUGAGAGUGUUGAGAGUGAGACAGAGUGGUGGGAGAAAAGGCAAAAGGAGUGGCAAGCUCUCGCAAACCAGUCAUCUUAUCCCGAAGUUGAGCGUUCAACGACACCAGUCCAGUCUACUCCAUCACAGGAUGAUGGACAAAGAGACGCUGGAAUGCGUCAUCCACAGCACACAAGAGUGUCUGAGAGUGAUGAUAAACGCUCUAACGAUUACGGAAAGAAGUUGUCAGCAACACCAGACAACUACUACAUGGAGAUCGAGAGAUAUUACUAUAGAUUAUUGAUCAGCUGGCCCAUGCCAACCGCGAUCACUGACCUCCUGUCGGAAGAUUACGCCAUGGAAUCCUCCUGGAAUAGCUUCACAGCUUUGACGUGCACAGCACAAGAGUUUCCUUUCCUGAAGGACGUUUCCCAAGCCCUGCGACCCAUGCGAAUUCCGAGGCCCAGAAACAUUAAAAUUGUCUUCUAUAUCCCUGUGACUACCCAGACUACGUCUUCUUGCUUCCAACGCCAGUGGGAAUUUAUCAAUAUUGCAGUUGCUGGAUUAACAUGGCGUCUAGAGCUGGGUGGAGAUGUCCCGCCGCCAUGGCACAACAUCAUCAUUGUCGUCGAGGGACCUCCGAGAUGGGACGGGAUUAAUCCUGAGAUUGAGGUUAUUCUGACAGAGCUGGGAAUACUUUAUAAAUCAGAUAACUUGGUUGCUAGAGUUGACGGCGUGGAGUUAGACCCUCCUUAUCAUAAAGACCAUUGCAAUGUCGGUGGCCAGAUAAUCUUUUGGACAAUACACGAGUAUACAGUGCCGCCAACGAUCCGUCCCCAACAUGCCUGUACCAAGAACAUUAUGGGCACGGAACCACUCCAGGUGAUUGCAGUAGCACCGCAGUGGUCUCCAUUAGAUUGGACAUCUCACAAACCAGCCCUUCCGCUUAACUGGGCUGCAGCUGUUUGCGAGGUCUUGAAGCCAGAGUUCAUCGUGUCUCUGCCAGAACAUCAGAUCAGGGAUAUACCGUCCCCUGGGGAGUUUCUUAAGGGCGUAUGGACUUGUCAAAUACGGUUCAGAAGGUCAAAAAGCCCGAAAAUCAACCAAUGUGUCUUGACUUCUCCCGAUCAGUUCCAGGCGGAUCGCAAAAAGAUGAUCACACGUGCAGAAGGAGCCCGAGGGUUUGCUAGAAGGCUCUUUGGAAAGUCUUGA